CUUCAGUCUUGCACAGGUGUACCGGCUCCUCCCCUUCAGUCUUGCACAGGUGUACCGACUCCUCCCCUUCAGUCUUGCACAGGUGUACCGGCUCCUCCCCUUCAGUCUCGCACAGGUGUACCAGCUCCUCCCCUUCAGUCUUGCACAGGUGUACCGGCUCCUCCCCUUCAGUCUUGCACAGGUGUACCGGCUCCUCCCCUUCAGUCUUGCACAGGUGUACCGGCUCCUCCCCUUCAGUCUUGCACAGGUGUACCGACUCCUCCCCUUCAGUCUUGCACAGGUGUACCGGCUCCUCCCCUUCAGUCUCGCACAGGUGUACCAGCUCCUCCCCUUCAGUCUUGCACAGGUGUACCGGCUCCUCCCCUUCAGUCUUGCACAGGUGUACCGGCUCCUCCCCUUCAGUCUUGCACAGGUGUAUCGGCUCCUCCCCCCAGUCUUGCACAGGUG